AUGACACUAAAUCAAUCUCAAUUACCACGUAAAAUGAAUCUUCGUUCUGAGAUGACACCUGUUGAAGAUCAAUCUCAAAUUGGUAGUUGUGUCGCGAAUGCUUUCGCAGGAGCUUAUGAAUAUCUGUUGAAUAAAAGCAGUGGUCGUCAUAUUGAUGUUAGUCGAUUAUUUAUUUAUUAUAAUGCUCGUGCCAAAGAUGCAUAUCCACCUGGGCAUAUAACUGAUUCAGGUUGUAGUAUAACAAGUGCUCUUGAAACGUUGAAAGAAUUAGGUACUUGUGAGGAAUCAUUGUGGCCUUAUGAUUUAAACAGUGUGCAUGCAAAGCCUAAUGAACUAGCAUACGACAAAGCAUCGGAGAAUCAAAUCAUGGAUGCAUUAAGCCUUAACGUAGAUUUACAUGAAAUGAAAUCAUGUCUUGCACAAGGCUAUCCGUUUGUAUUUGGCUUAGUAUUAUUCAAAUCAUUUGAUAAGGCAUCUAAGAAAGGUUAUGUACCGAUGCCACAAGGAUAUGAAGGAAAUCGAGAAUCACAUGGAAGACAUGCAAUGUUAGCUGUUGGUUACAAUGAUCACUCAAACUCAUUUAUUGUUCGAAAUUCAUGGUCAGCAAGAUGGGGUGAUGAAGGAUAUUGCUAUAUUCCAUAUGACUAUAUGACUAACCGGAAACUGUGUUUUGAGCCAUACACUGUUCGUCAAUUAGAAGCUGAUGACAUUGGUGAUCAUGAUAGAAAUUAUGAUGACGAUGAUGAUCGACGCGACCAUGAAGAUAGUGAUGACGAUGACGAUGAUGAUGAUGAUGCUGAAAUCUCAGGCGUAGAGGACAACGAUGACGAUGAUGAUGAUGAUGCUGAAAUCUCAGGCGUAGAGGACAACGAUGACGAUAGUGAACACUACGGAGAAAACAGUGAACAUGAAACGCAAGAACCACAGGGCAAUGUAGUAGUGCGACAACAAUUCGUAAUACAACAAGACAUAAUAAUACCAGGAACAAUGCAAGGGAUGACGCAGGAACAAAUGCAAGAAAUGAUGCAAGGGAUGACACAGGAACAAAUGCAAGAAAUGAUGCAAGGGAUGACACAGGAACAAAUGCAAGAAAUGAUGCAAGGGAUGACACAGGAACAAAUACAAGAAAUGAUGCAAGGACCAUAUGAUCCAAAUGACUCGAGUUGCCAAAUCGCUUGA